CAGCUGAUUUUAUUCAUUUUGCCUCAAUUUGCAUACAUGUACUCCCAGAUAUUCCUUAUCUCGCUGGCCAGACCCUUGAGACUAAAGAUAUUCCUACUCUAAUGGCGACUCCUCUGGGUAAAUCUGGUGACCCUGAGGUUCUCUUUACUCGACUGAAAAAGAUAGGAAAAGGAUCUCUUGGUGAAGUAUUCAAAGGUAUUGAUAUUAAAAGUAAAGAAGUACUUUCUUUUAAAAUCAUCGAGUUGGAAGAGCCUGAGGUUGAGAUUGAUGACAUACCACGAGAGAUCAGUGUCCAGCCUGAGUGUGACAGUCCGUACAUAGCUAAGUACUAUGGAUCUUAUGUAAAGGAGACUAAGCUUUGGAUUGUAAUGGAGUAUUUAGGAGGAGGAUCGGCUUUAGACCUAAUGCAGCCUGGUCCAGUUGAAGAGGUAUACAUAGCUACAAUACUUCGUGAGGUACUCCAUGGACUGGACUACUUACAUACUCAAGGAAAGUUACAUCGAGACAUUAAAGCUUCAAAUGUGUUGUUUUCAACAACUGGUCAAGUCAAAUUAACUGAUUUUGGUGUUGCUGGACAAUUGACAGACACCAUGAACAAGAGGAAUACUAUUGUAGAGAGACCAUUUUGGAUGGCACCAGAAGUGAUCACUCGGACUGUUUACGAUACUAAAGCUGAUAUAUGGUCAUUGGGUAUUACUGCUAUUGAAUUAGCUCAGGGUCAACCUCCUCAUGCUGACCUUCAUCCAAUAAGAGCUUUAUUUCUAAUACCGAAAUCAAACCCGCCAGAACUCCUCGGGAAUUAUUCUGAAAGUUUUAAAGAGUUCAUUGCCAUAUGCUUAAAUAAGGACCCAAAUAAUAGACCCAGUGCUCGUGACCUGUUACAUCACAAGUUUAUGAAAUACGCCAAGAACACAUCAUGUCUAGUUGAUCUGAUAGAGAGAUACAAGAGAUGGAAGGCAUCAGGAGAGAACAGUGACUCUAACCCUGAAGAUACCAGCAUAUCGAAGGUACACAGAGGUGAUGAUGAUACCACUGAUCCUCCUGAUUAGAAGUGUGAUACUAUACGAGAGAAUUUAACUUUAGAUAUUCCUAAACCAUUUAAUGAAGAUGAUACCAGUCCAGCUACUGGACUGUAGCUGUAUCAGUACCAGUACCAGCUGUUCUUACUGUUAGUAACAGACCUAUUUGUGAACUAUCUACCAAUCUCACCAGCAAUGUAAUUAAUAAUAAAUAAACAUGAUAAUAAUGAUAAUUUAUAUUUAGAUGUAUAAUAAAACAUACGGAUCAUAAAA